AUGGCCGCGCCUCUGAUUGGUGUGCCUGAAUCAGGAACGCUCGGCACCUCAGCGCUCCAAGACGUUCGAAGCCGCGGGCCUGGGCCAGCGCAACGCCGGCAGGCCCCGUGUAUCAAACGUGUUGGCAAACCAUUUGCCGCUGCUACCUGGCAGCCGUGGAGAGUGCUGGUCGUGAAUUGCUUGGGACCGCCGCUGUCAACUGGCUGCCAACAGCGGAGCGUGCUGGCUGUCAACACCACGAUACGACGCCAUCACGCUGUCAGCGAAAUGAUGGCCGCGCAAUCACAGCGUGCGUCGCCGUGGGUUAUUCCGCGCUGCGCAAUUGGAAGACGACGCUGCACAAGUGGAGCAACAGAUCGCCGGGCAUGUCAGGACGUUUUGGUCGACAUGUCCCGCAGCACAUCUGACUCUGGAGCCCACCGCGUUGCAUGCGACUCAUUUCUCAACAACUCUGGGUCACAGUAG